AUGGAGGAAGCGUUGCACCAGGCGCAUCCCGGCCGCCAGUGCAGGUCCGUGUCCUUUGACGACGGCAGUCGCCGGGUCAUCGCCACGGACCUGGACCCGGAGGUGGACCCGCGCAUGCUUAAGCCUACCACAGGCCGCGUGCCCACGCCACGCCCCUCCAAGACCGAGUGCAACGCCAGGGAGGCCGACGACUCGUGCGACUCGUCCCCGUCCAGGCCGGAGAGCUCCACCUCCCGGGGAAGCGUCUCGUCCGCCGCCUCAGAGUCGGCGCCAAAGGAUCCUGGACAGCUGAAUCCCGAAUUGCUGAUGAUGCGGCUGACGCUGGGAUGCGCUGCCGCGCUUGCUGCCGACCUCUCGGACAAAGAACCGGUUCUCCGUGAGCGCGGUGAGGGUGUCCAGCUUCCGGACAACCCUCGUCUCCCGGAGAAGCAGGAGCCGAAGGUCCUCGAGGAAAACGUGAGCAACGGAAACCUGGUGACCGACUAG